CCUGCGGGCGGCGCCCCCGACGGAAUCGGCGCAGGGGCCGGGGCGGGCCGAGCGACCUGCCGACCUGCACGGCGGGCCAUGAAUGGGCUGCCCGCGGCCGAGGCCCCGGGCGGCGCGCUGGCCGGGCUCCCGCCCCUGCCGCGCGGCCUCAGCGGGCUGCUCAACGCCAGCGGCGGCUCGUGGCGGGAGCUGGAGCGGGUCUACAGCCAGCGCAGCCGCAUCCACGACGAGCUCAGCCGCGCCAGCCGCGCCCCGGACGGGCCCCGCCACGCCGCCGCCAGCGCCGGGCCCGCCGCGGGGGUCCCCGGCCCGAGGCGCCCGGUCAACCUCGACUCGGCCCUCGCGGCGCUGCGCAAGGAGAUGGUGGGGCUGCGGCAGCUCGACAUGUCCCUGCUGUGCCAGCUGUGGGGCCUGUACGAAUCCAUCCAGGACUACAAACACCUGUGUCAGGACCUAAGCCUUUGCCAGGACCUGUCGUCCUCCCUGCACUCUGACAGCUCGUACCCGCCCGAUGCCGGCCUGUCUGACGACGACGAGCCCCCCGAUGUCAGCUUGCCCCCAGACCCGCCGCCCCUCACUGUGCCCCAGACGCACAACGCCCGGGACCAGUGGCUGCAGGACGCCUUCCACAUCAGUCUGUAGCGGGGAAACAAUCGCCAUGGCAGAACUGCCAGCCCCCCUCUCCGCUGCAGCGGUGGGG